UAUAAUUAGCCCGAGCGAGGCGCGAGACAGUUGCGCAAUUUCUUUCACAAAAAAUCGCCAGACUGUCAGCUGAUCAUUGCGACGUAGUCGCAAUGUUCCCAGUGAACGUUAGUAUUUCACGAAUUACACCGCUCGGCUACGAUCGAUGCGGCAUGGAAUAUAUCAAUAAACUUUUGCAUCGUGCUACCAUGAGUCCAACAUCUCCUUCGCCUACGCAGACGACGCUCAACAACGUGUUGAAGACAGCGGAGCAUGAGGUCAAGGUCCAUUUCGCCCGUGAAUUUGCCGAUGUAAUAUCAGCCGCGGAGAACCGCUGCUCGGCUCCGGAAAGUCUCUCGUCAGCUAGCAGUUUCCACAGCCUUAGCAGUACUCUCAGCACGAAAAGCAGCAGUGGUAUAUGUCCCGAUUCGACGCUCGAAAGUUCAGACGACAUUGCAGACACAUCUUACGUCAACUCCAACAUACCCGGCUUGGAGGAUUUGAUCGCUGCGUGCGCCAACAUCCAUCUGGAAAGUGAGCGUGACGCUACCCAGGAUCUCAGUCAGGAUCAAACUUUUGCAUCGGCCACAGAUGAGACGCCGUUUCAUGCGAGCGAUUGUUCUCUUAACGAGGAUCUGCCGAAUAACGCCAGUAAUGAGACGCAAGUGAUCGAGACAAAUACUGAAUUACAUGAGACAACGUAUGUAUCAUUGAACCAAACGAAUACUUUUGGGCCGUCUAAGAGCGCGCUUCCUAUUCAAGAUUCGCAAUUUGUGACUUCGUACCCGGUGGAGGAACAUGCAUCGCAGAUAGAAGAAUCGAUCGAUAAAUGUAUUCUAUCACAAGAAAGUGAUAAUAUAGCUAAUAAUUCUGCGACAUGUGGCAUUGCAACUAAUAUUGUAAAGAUCUCAUCGCCAACGAAUAAUGUAGAUGAUAAUCGAUCGAACGUAAUAACUACCAUUUCAUAUGACGAUUUAAUUCCCAACGUUACCAGAUUCGAUGAAGAACAGAGCGUAGAAAACAAUUGCAACGUCGAAACAUUAGAAAAUCCAAAAUUGUGUCCUGUCGAAGUUCCAUCCAUAUCCUCGUUAGCACAAUAUGCAGAGGGCCCUUCAUUACCCAAUAUAUCCAGUAUAUCGUUAUCGUUAGAAGAUACCGAUAGUAAAUCAAAGAUAAAUAGUGAACAGGAUUUAUCAGAACUUAAAGAAGAAACGUCAUUAACAGUGUUAUCACCUUCCAGUUCUGUUGUUCAACCAGAAAAAAAUAAAGUUACCAAGGAACAAGAUUUGUUACGAUUGGAUAAUUGUGUUGUAUCAGAUAACCAAGAAGACAGUACACAACUACUAAACAAGACCAGUAUUAUAGAACCAAAAAUAUUGGAAGUUAAGGAAAACUUGCAAACGAAUGUCGAUAGAGAAGAUUUAGAAAUAACCAAUAAUGUGGUAUUGAAUGAAACGCAGAGUUUUUCACCUGAAAAAGAAAUAAAUAAUGAGACUCAUGUUAUAGAAAAACAAUGUAACCCAUCAGAAACUAUAAUUAUAGAAAAAGAAGAAAAUAUCGUGAAUAGUACAGUUUCGACGGAUGUUAAAGAAAAGGAGACUAUCGAAGAAGAUCUCGAUCGUACGCUUACAUUGCAAGAAGUAGAUAUAAACUUUGCAUUAGAUGAAGAACAAUAUCAAGGAUUUCAGCCUCAACGGCAAAGUACUACAUUGUCGUUGAGCAACAAACAACCAGAUUUCGAAGAAUUCAGAUCCACAGUGGAAAAAGUUACUAAUGAGUUGCUCAAUCCUUCACAGGAACUCGUGGAAGAGACAGAUCAGUUUAUCAGCGCAACAGAUGAAAUUUUUCAAGAUCCUUCGACAUUUGACUUCUUUUUAACACGAAGUAAUUCUAAGCAUACAGAUCGUCUUAGAACAGAAUCUUUGUAUGUUAAAUUUGAUCCAUUGAUAUCGAAUACCAGCAUGUUGCCUCAAGGUAAUGCCCCGCCAAUAAAUGAAGAGCAAAAUGGCAAGAGCGAAUCGCCUCUGCCUGAUGUUGGUACACCAAAACGUAAUCCUGCCAUAGCAGCUAUAGAUAGGCUGCUUUUUUAUAGUCCUCUUCCUAGCGGAACGAUGCAAAAGUUAGAAGAAGCUCAAGAAAAAAAUGAGCAGCCAGUAGAAGAGCCUAAAUCUGAUGCACCACUCAUUGCAGAUCAUAUAGACAUGAGUAAGGAACUUGAAAUUGUAAGAACGACGGUACUACAAUUAGAAGAGGAAUUAGAAAAACAGAAAAAGGAGCAUGAAGCAGAAUUGGAAAGGCAGAAAACAGCUUUUCAGGAAAAAAUUAACAAAAUGCAGAUGCAAAUGGCACAAGAAAUAAAAACCAAAACUCAAAUGACGGUUGUUGUGGAAGAAUACGAGAAAUCGAUUAGCAGAUUACUCACAGAGCGGGAAAGGGAUCGUACAAACUUUGAACAAGAAAAGGCAAAAUUGCAAGAAGAGUUGCAAGCUGCAAAUCACCAUCUAACUAAUACGGAAGCGGCGUUUAACGAUGUACAUCAAAAGUAUGAGAGACUCAAAGGGGUUGUAUCGGUGUACAAAAAUAAUGAAGCUGUAUUAAAAGAAAGUAUUCAGGAAAAUGUAGAUACUAUAAAAACAUUGGAAACGCGAUACGAUCAAUUAAAGGAGCAUGCAAUGACUCAAUUGGAAAAAGCUAAUUUGGAGUUGGACGGAAUACGAAAGCAAAACGAGGCGGAAACAGUGAAGCUGCAUGCAAUGAUAAGGAAAGCAGAACUUAAGAGUAAUUCGCUCGCUGAGCUUGUGGAGCAGAAAACUAAAGAGAACAAAGAACUGGCAAAAAUCCUGGACGAGGUUAUCGCUAGGGUUGGACACGGGAACUCGGAGUGAAAAUAAGAAUAAGGGCUAAUCGCGAUUGUGACGCGAUUAGUCUUUAUUUUUUUAUCGUCCUCUUUCACACUGUCUUAAAUGCAAACAUAUUUUAGAUAUAUGACGGACAUAUGUAUACAUGCGUUAACUCGAUAAAGUGUAGAUUGCGUUUUACUUCACAAGAAAGCGCCUUUUAUUAAUUAUUUAUAUAAGUUGUGAAAGAUAACUAUUUUAAAGCUAAUAAAACACUAUGCUUAUUUAAAAAAAAAAAAAAA